AUGUCGAAAGUUCGUAAAGCAGAUUUGUCCACGUUUUAUUUGUGCGUCGGACAUCAGGCGACGAAGCAGAAGACUUUUCUUCGAUCUGCUAAACGAAAAACUGCGUUUGUUGCGUUCGUUUUUCGACUAUUUGGAGAAUUUUCACCUCGUCUUCUUGUUUAUUCAAGCCGCUUAUUCGUCGCUUUGAUUUGCUUUCUUCCCAAUUUUUUGGCUCCAGUUCUUCUUUCUUAUUCUACAACUAUUUACUUCAUUUCUUUUUUCUUUAACUCUACAGAAAUUCUUUCUUAUUCCUUAUGUAAUUUCUUGUUUUUUUUCUUUUUCAAUUCUUUCCUAUGUUUCGCUUUUAUAUUAGCCAGCUUUCAUUUGUUUUCAACUUUAUUUUGUACUUUUUUAAAAUUUUUUGUAUUAUCAUUCUUUACCCUUUCUUUAUUUUUCAUCAGUGUAUCUAAGAGGUUUCUUUUUUACUUUCUUGAAUUCUUUCUUUCUUUUUUCAUUCUUUUUGGUAUUCUUUCAUUUCUUUCUUUCUUUCUUUCUUUCUUUAUUCUUUCUUUUUUUUCUUUCUCAUUUUUGCAGCAAUUUCCUUUUUUAUCGAUUUCACUCCUUCUGUUAUUGUCUUUCGCUCUUUCUUUCUUUUUUUUCUUUUUUUCCUUCUUUCUUUCUUCUGUUUUAUCAUUCUUUGAGGCUGUUGUGUAUUUAAUAGCAUUCUUUCGUAAUUUUUUUUCUGUCUUUGGUACAAUCAUUGCUUCAUUUUGGUCUUUAUUAAUGUUUGAUCUUUUUUCUUUCUUUCCUUCUUUCUUUAAUAUUUUUUAUAUAAUUUCCUUCGUUUUUUCUCGAUUUCUGUCACUUCCCGACUCCUCCUCCUUUCUUUCUUUCUUUCUUUCUUUCUUUCUUUCUUUCUUUCUUUGUAUAUUUUCUAAUUUUUUCAAGAUUUUCCACCCUUUUCUCGAUUUCUCUCAUUUCCUUACAAUACUUUAUUUUUUGUAUAAUUUGUUUCUUUCUUUUUUUCUUUUUGAUUCACCCCCUUUUUUCUCAAUUUCUGUCACUGCCCAACAAUUCUUUCUUUCUUUUUUCUUUCUUUCUUUAACAUUAUUACAACAGUUUCCUUCUUUUUUCCGAUUUUUGUCACCCCCAACAAUUCUUUUUUUCUUUCUUUCUUUCUUUCUUUCUUUCUUUCUUUCUUUCUUUCUUUCUUUCACUCCUCAACAAUUCUUUCUUUCUUUCUUUCUUUCUUUCUUUCUUUCUUUUUAUAAUUUCUCUUUUCUUUUAGAUUUUCCAUCUUUUUAUCGAUUUCUCUCAUUUCCCUAUAAUACUUUCUUUUCUUUCCUUCUUUUUUCUUUUAGGUUCACCUUUUUUCUCAAUUUCUGUCAUUCCGCCAUAAUUCUUUCUUUCUUUCUUUCUUUUGUUUUUGUAUUGCUUCUUUCUUUCUUUCUUUCUUUAAUAUUUUUACAACAAUUUCCUUCUUUUUUCCCGAUUUCUGUCACCCCCUUGAAAUUCUUUCUUUCUUUCUUUCUUUCUUUCUUUUAUGUUACCUUCUCUCUGUUAACUUUAUUUAAUCUUUUCUUUCUUUCUUUCUUUUUCUUUCUUUUUUUUAAUAUUUUUACAACAAUUUCCUUCUUUUUACCGAUUUCUGUCACACUCUUGAAAUUCUUUCUUCUUUUCUUUCUUUCUUUCUUUCUUUCUUUUAUCUUAUCUUCUUUCUUUAAUCUUUUCUUUCGUUCUUUCCUUUCUUCUUCCUUUCUUUCUUUCUUUCUUUCAUUUUACCUUCUUUCUGUUAACUUUAUUUAA